AGCAGGUUUCUGGGGAGCAGCAGCAGCAGCAGCAGCAGCAGCGCUCAUAAUCCUCCUCAUAUCGGAUGCUGAUCGUCCGGAGAGCAGCUGGUGUGUUGCUGAAUUCGGCGACCAGGCAACUCUGCUGAUCAAUUCAAUUUGGGACUAAACAGGAUGAAUUAAGGGUCAAUGCUCAGCUCGUGAGGCAGCGAUGAGUCUGACUUCCUGGUUCUUGGUGAGCAGCGGGGGGACGCGUCAUCGUCUCCCCAGGGAGAUGAUCUUUGUGGGGAGGGACGACUGCGAGCUCAUGCUGCAGUCCCGCAGUGUGGACAAACAGCACGCUGUCAUCAACUAUGAGCCAAAUACAGACGAACAUAAAGUGAAGGACCUGGGCAGCUUGAAUGGGACAUUUGUCAACGAUGUCAGAAUUCAGGAGCAAAUCUAUGUCACCCUGAAAAUAGAUGACAAGCUGAGGUUUGGGUACGAUACCAACCUGUUCACUGUGGUUCGAGGAGAGCUGCAUAUUCCAGAGGAGGCCCUGAAGCAUGAGAAGUACAGCAGCCAGCUCCAGCUGAGCCACAAAAAACCUCCGCAGGGGGAACCGUCUAAAUCUGAGGUGAAACCCUCUGAGACAGCAGCAGCACCUGUGUGCGAGGGGGCCGUCACCAAGCCCCCCGAGGCCAGCAGAGUGGAGGAUAAGGCUACAGGAGAUUUAGCGGUGCUGCAAAGAGGUACGCCCCUCUAUGGCCAGCCCGCCUGGUGGGGAGACGGAGAAGCUGAGGACCAGCAACAUGGAAGGCCUGAGGAAAAAGGCUCAGAACGGAAGCGAGAGAAAGUUGAAACAGACGCCAAGAGGAGUACAGAUGUCUCAAAAUCGGCCCCAAAAUCAGCCGCCAAUCAGGAGCCCAGCUACUUUGAGAUCCCUACGAAGGACACGACCUCAGCAGGUAAAGUGAGCAGUGACGACCCCGCAAGAGAGCAAGAGGCCGCGGCGUCUUCUGCUGGCCACGCCUCCUUCACCAUCGAGUUUGACCCGGGAGCGUCGAGCAAAGUGACAGUCAAAGAUCGAGUGGCGAAGGUGGGACCAGAGACCAAGCCGCGUCCUAAAAGGCCCGGCGGCGAAGUGCUGAGUCCACUUCAGACAGCCAUGGUUGCUGCGGAAGUGAAAGUUGCUGAUUGGCUGGCUCAGAACGAGCUGCCGCUGGCUCUGAAGGACACGGUUGCCGAAGAAGACGGGGAGAGUGUGAAGAGUGAUGUGCCUGUACAGCUGAAGAGUCUUAAAGGCAGUAAACAUGAGGACGGUACUCAGAGUGACUCAGAGAAUGCAAAUGGAGAGCAGCGUAGGGCCGCAACUCUGGAGGAGCGCUCAUGGGGUCUUUGGGGCGGUGCAGGGAUGAAGUUCAGAGAGGGUCGCGCUAACGUCCCAGAGGGGCUUUUUGCAGAGGAAGACAGCCCCGCUCGCCGUCGCAAGUCCUCCACUUCCAAAGUAGCAGUCGGAUUAGUUGAGAGGAGACAUGACUCUGCAACACAUCAGCAAGGCGGCCGGGAUGACUGCUAUCAACGCGGCGAUGAUUAUAGUGACAAAGGGACUUACACUAUUGAGCUGGAGAAUGGAGAUAAUGAAGAGGAAGAGGCAAGGAAAAUGAUCGACAAGGUGUUUGGUGUGGAAGAGCAGGAGGCUGUGUGUGUGGCCAGGAUGGGGGGUGCUGACCACAGAGAGAGGCUCAACUCCCAGAGGUCUGGUACUGGAGACAGAGGAAAGCCAGGACGUGUGGAGACAGAGGUACUACCUGAGGAAUUGGUUGUGGGUGGUCCCCGCUGGGUCUCUCAGUGGGCUACUCUGGCUGCCAGUCACAUCAGGACAGACCCUGAGGGAUCGGGAGGGGAGAGUCACAUCAUGGUCACAGAGGACAGAGCAGAAAUUAGUGAGUCCAGCCACUCAGCCUCUUUUGCCUCAUCUGGCUACACAGAGCGUAAGAGAAGAACCCUGCCCCCACUGCCGGGUGAGGAGCUGGUCCUGGGGAGGAGGAUGCCAGGUUCAGGCCUGCGGGUAGAUAUGGGGGAGAAACAAGACACAGAGCCACAAGAGAAGGAGAACCUGGAGGACAAGAUGGGCAGGGGAAAGAAUCGACCCGGUCAUGGAGCUGUGGGCAGUCAUGGUGGCAGCCCUAGUCGUUCCUCACCAGCCAAGUCCCAGGACAGUGGAGGGGGGAGAUCAAGCCAGUCAGGUGUGAUGGCCAAACUCCCCCCUCGUUCCCUGACCAGUGGGGAGAAGAGAAGAGAGGAGGCACAGCGGAGGAAAAAGGAGGAGGAGAAGGCCAGGGAAAGUGCUGGAAAGCCAUUGCUGAGGCAGGAGAGCUUCACUGUGGAGAAACCGAGCUCCAACGUGCCCAUUGAGCUCAUCCCUCGCAUCGAUGGGCUUAAACAAAGCAGAACUCAGAGUAAAGGGAAAGGCAUCGACAGCACUACACUGCAGAAAGACUCGGAUGCUGUGGCCGCCUUUUUAGAAACCACUGUAUCAGACCAAGGUGAUCCUAUAAGUCAGUCCAUUGAAGGCUCCAUGUCACCCGAGUCAGACGUGGACACGACGAGCACAGUAAGCCAAGCCGAAGGAGCGAGGAAAGUAGUCCAGAAACGGCGGACUCUUGCGGCACAGCAGAAGGAGAGGACGGUUCUGUGCUCGACGGGUAAAGGUCCUGCUGGGGCCCGCGAGAGCCAGGACAGGAGGGUGAAGACAAAGACAUCAGGUCCUCAAAAGACCAGCCGGCCCUGGACUUCCUGUGAUCUCACUGAUGAUGACGUUAACUCCAACUCUUUGCUCUCUGACUCCCAGCCCACCUCUACACAGGAGUCUAGAAGCUCCCAUACCAGAGGCCAGACUGGGAACACCACAUUAGGGGCCAGCACAAAGUCUAGUCGGGCUAAAAUAACCCAAGCUCCUGCCUCUUCAAAUAGUAAAUCCACCAAUGUUACCAAACCAAGGCCAACCAGAGCGUCCCUGCUGAGACGAGCCCGGCUCGGGGACUCUUCAGAUACUGAACCUGCUGAUAUUGACCGGAUGUCAGUGGCCUCUGAGGCGUCGACCACCAGCUCUGCAUCGAGGACAGGGAUGGUAAAAAGAGGAAUGUCCAGGAUAGAGGCUUUAGCACAGCCGAGGAGACCUAGGGUCGGAUCCCCCUCAGCUCAAAGCGACUCAGAGGCCACUGUGACACGGCAUAGAGGUAUGGGGGCCCGCAGUGUUGCAGGUGAUUAUGCCCUCAGACAAGGACUGAGAGGAUCUAAUGUCACCUCAGUGUCUGGACCCAGAGCCAGGGCCAACAGUGCCUCUAAGCUGCCUGACAAGAGUAAAGGCACCUCAUCGUAUUCCCACGUCACACCUACAUCUAGCACUCGAUGGCGCCGCGUGCCUGUGGAGUAUGCGUCCACCUCGGAGGACGAGUAUGGCUCAAACCGUCACUUAUCCAAGCAGAGUCAAGCACGGGCGUUUCCUUCCACGCGGGUAGCUCAGCUGGGAGGGUCAGCCCCGGCAACUCCUAAUCCUGCAGGCCUAGCGGGCCUGAAACAGCACUCGAGAGAGCAGGAUGAGUACAUGAGAGACUGGACAGCACACAGUGAGGAGAUAGCCAGGAUAAGCCAAGACCUAGCCAAAGACCUUGCCAUGCUGGCCAGAGAGAUUCAUGAUGUGGCGGGAGAGAUCGACUCAGUCAGCCCUGCAGCCGCUGACCCUGGAGCUGUGCUGAAGGAGCGUGUAUGUGAUGACAGCUUGGACCUCGAUGGACCUGCAGAGAACAACAGCAUGGGAACCAAUGGGAGGUCUGUGGAGCUUCGACCCCGGAGCUCAAGUGGACAGAGCGCCCGCUCCAUCCGCAGACAGACAUGGAACAGAGACGACGGGGUACUAGACAGUUUACUUCUAGCGUCUGUGACCCAACUGUCCACAAGGAUACGUCAGUCUGUUGACAAAACAACCUGCAAAAUCAGGAUCCUCUUCAAGGAUAAAGAGAAAUGGGAGGAGAUAGAGAGCAAACUGCAGGCAGAGCAUGAUUCCUUACUGCUCAAGAGCUCCAAUAAGGAGAUUUCAACCAUCCUUCAAGACCUGAAGAGAGUGGAAAAACAACUGCUAAUAAUCGACAUGAUGGUGGAUGCAGACGGCACCCUGGAUGCCCUGUCCACUCUCGGCCUGACCAGCCCUCUGACAGACCAGAAGAUCAGCCCCGGGACUCAGCAGGAGGCGUCAUUGUUGCCUCCUGCAGCUGGAGCUACAUCCAGACCUGAAGGACUAGCCAGCAAGCCCUGUGGACCUUUGGACCAUGCAGGGAACCAGCGAGACCCAGGGUCCAAACAAAGCUCUAGAUCCUAAAACUGAUAACACCAAGGACAUUAUUCAGAAUGCAUCUUUUAUGUUAGACAGACAUGCUGAAGACAUUGUUCAGGUUUUUUCUUUUGGUUUCAGAUCAAAGAGGGAGGAGAAUGAAGUCCUUUCAGCGGGAAUACCUGACUGCCUUGACUAUCAAUCAAACUCAAUUGUGAUUGGACUGACUAAAAAUCCAUCACUACCAAAAUGCAGCUCAUAAUACGAUAAACAAUACAAAAGCAUUACUCUGUCAAUGUGUCGACUUAUAAAGAAAUGACCUAAUAUACAGUUACACAUCUGUGACCUUUGUGUUGCAGUUUACCAUCCAUUAACCUUGAAAAACGUUCAAAAGAUCUGAUGUUGAAGAUGAGAGGAUGUCCAGAAUGAACUUUCAUAACUCUUUUUUUGUUUGUCUGUUUGUUUUAAUCUGAGCGUCUUUGACUUUGACAAAGGUCAAUUCCUGCCAUUUAAUAACAAGCUUUAACAUUUUUUGGUUUGGAGCUUUUCUUAGCUAAAGGCUGAUGCAAGACACUCAAACUUGAACGGUGCAACGUUGUCAAAAGAAAAGUAUUCCAGCAGAGGCGUAUGUGAAAAAAGUUAUUUUACCAUGCCAUAGAAUUAUUUAUAGUAAGAAAUCUAUCCGUUGGCCUGUUGCCAUCGCAAUCCCCAAACCUGACUCAGUAGUGAAUUUCCAUCAGAAAAGGCAACACUGCCUGUUUGCUUGGAAAAGAACUGAGUAUGUACAGUAUAAAUGUGUAUUAUUAUUUGUGUUACAGUCCCAUCCAUGCCUUCUUUUUUCUUGUUGCAAUGCCCUUUGAAACCAUUGUUGAGACUAUGUGUUUAUAAAACCUUUAACAUCAAAUGUAGCCCCCACAAAGGUUUUCCUCUUCAAAAUGUAAUUUGUCACAAGUGCCCUAUUCCAAACAAUCAAACCAGUCACAGAUAAGAGAUGUGAAAGUGUAUAUGAGGUGUUGAGCUAGAGGUGGUCUUUGUUUUUUGCACAUUAAUAGCUGAUAUAUGUUAUAAAUCAUAUCUAAGGGACCACCAGAACAUUGCUCGCCCCCUGUGACGCUCCUUCAUCAUGUUGACGUCGUCGACCACAAACAAAGCAGGGAGACAGCCGGCUGCCUGUGGACCAAACAGUUUGUCAAACGACUUUCUGAUCACAAGUGCAACGUUGCGUCUGAACCAGCAUAGACCGGGGCUACCUCCGAGUCCUGCAGCUGCAUUUGAUUGUUAACGAUGCAACAGAAGGGUGGAUGGUGUGAUGACUGUAGGGUUUUCCAAUGUCUUGCCUCAUAUCAAUGUUUACACAUGAAUGUAACCUGAUCAGAACUGUUGAAACAUUUUAGCCAAAUCAACUUUAAUAAAGGUUAACAACUGCAUUUUGUGUUCUGCGCCUACAGUAUUUAUUUUUAUUCUGUUUGAGCAUUUGGAGAUUUUUUAUUUGGUUGUUUUGUAUGAACCUUUUUUUUUUUGUAAUGAUUUUAGGGUAAUGUUGACCUUGCAAUACCUGUGUACUGUUUGUCUCAUUUCCAAUAAAAUGCAUGAUUAUCAUGACCUA